GAGGCGACGGAAGUGGCCCCUUUACUGUUUGUCCGUGCGCAGGCGUUAUUCUAUUCUCUUGCUGCUGCUCUUCAGGCGCUUCUUUUCCCUCUCUUCUCUCUUCUCCACGCGAGGGGGUGCGCGUACCCUUAGUCGUGGUCGCGCACUCAGCCCCUGUGCUACUCUCGUGGCACUUUCAUCAUGGCGGGCAUCCUGUUUGAGGAUAUUUUUGAUGUAAAAGACAUUGACCCGGAGGGCAAGAAGUUUGACCGAGUGUCUCGACUGCAUUGUGAGAGCGAAUCUUUCAAGAUGGACCUUAUCUUAGAUGUAAACAUUCAGAUUUACCCUGUAGACUUGGGUGACAAGUUCCGGUUGGUCAUAGCCAGUACCUUGUAUGAAGAUGGUACCCUGGAUGAUGGUGAAUACAACCCCACAGAUGACAGACCUUCCAGGGCUGACCAAUUUGAGUAUGUAAUGUAUGGGAAAGUGUACAGGAUUGAGGGAGACGAAACUUCUACUGAAGCAGCAACACGUCUCUCUGCCUACGUCUCGUAUGGGGGCCUGCUCAUGAGGUUGCAGGGUGAUGCCAAUAACCUGCAUGGAUUUGAAGUGGAUUCCAGAGUUUAUCUGCUGAUGAAGAAACUGGCCUUCUGAACCACCUGGGAAGCCAAUCUUGCUGCUUAGUCACUUAGGUCAUGGACAUUCAUUCAAGUCUGAGCAGCAGUUGCUGUUGUUCACCUGUCUAAGAGGGGCUGGAUUUGUGUUGAUUGUGCCGUGCAUCUUUAGGUGGUGUCUGAACUCAAUGGGAAGUUGACUUGCUUGUGAAAGACCCAGUGGGAGGGCUUAAAAGGAAUAAGAAGUUGUUGUGUGUAUAUGAUUUUUUAAAUUAAACUUUACUUUCUCAGA